CGGACGGUGAGAGCCUUUCCUCCGCAGAGGGACAGGAUAAUCCGUCGGUCCUACAGUGGACUGGAUCUCCUCUUAUUUUUCCUCCUGCUCACUCACAGCGAAGGCACUUUUUUUCCCCACCGGUGGAUUUUGAUUCACUCGCUACAGGUCAGCUGUAACUGGUUUUGGAGAGAGGGAGGAGAACAAAUGGAAAGGGAGCAAAGAGAAAGAGGAUGAGUGAGAGAGCUGGACCCAUGAGAUUCCUCACGCACAAUGGGAGUCCCUUGCUCUGCCGGCUUUUGAUUUAAAGAGAAUAAAGGGGACUUUGCCUAAAUAGGGUCAACGGGAUUUUGACAGUGUUUUGCCCCAUGGUGGGAGUCCUCGCUUUUGAGCAGUGGGACUAGUCAUGACUGUACUCUAAACACAGAUAUAACGGCUCUUUCAUCCCCUUCUCUUGACACCCUUAUACCUCCAUCGAAAUGGAGAAGACGUACUCGCUCACUGCCCACUACGACGAGUUCCAGGAGGUGAAAAAUGGCGGUCGCUACAGCAGUGACAUCCUCAGCAACGGUAUGACCCUUCAUCUGGGGGGCAGCCUGGACCGCCAUAUGACGCGUGGUCGGGGCGGGACCUUGUCCAACGGUCGAAACAGAGACCUGGGCAGCACCAGCAGCAGCGGGGGGCUUCCUCGAUGGAGCCGGAGGGAGAUCUGCCUCCUCUCGGCGCUGGUGUUUGCCGCCGGCAUGUGCGUCAUCUUGGGCAGCAUGCUGGCACUCAAGUACAUUUCCCUGGACGCCCAGCAGGACCCGCAGUGCCGACAGGACUGCCAACGCAAACGCUCCCUCCUGCGGGCAGCGCGCUUCGUCCAGUCCAAUAUUGACCCGACCAUCCAACCGUGCGAGGACUUCUACUCGUUCGCAUGUGGCGGCUGGCUGAGGCGCCACGGCAUCCCCGAGGACAAACUGAGCUACGGCAUCAUCACCGCCAUCGGGGAGCACAACGAGGAGAAACUGGAGCGCCUCCUGCUGGAGCCGAUACGAAGGCGAGAACCGGACUCGGCCGAGCGCAAGGUGAAGGAGUUCUACCGAUCCUGCAUCAACGUCCAGGAGAUCGACAAGCUGGGAUCGGACCCCAUGACGGAGGUGAUUGACAGCUGCGGAGGGUGGGACAUGGCUGGGGCUCCUCCCAAAACGCCUGGGUGGGAGCGAGAAGGCGCUCCCCAGAGGCCGGACUUCAAUGAGCUCCUGUACCGGACCCAGGGGGUCUACAGCACCGCCGUGUUCUUCUCACUCACCGUCAACGUGGACGACAAGAACUCCUCCAGGAACGCAAUCAGGAUUGAUCAGGAGGGGCUCACGCUGCCUGAUCGGAGCCUGUAUCUGGGACAGGAUGAGGACAGUGUGAAGAUCCUGGCGGCGUACAAGGCUCUGAUGGAGCGCUUGCUGAGCAUGCUGGGAGCUCACAACGCCACGCAGAAGUCCAAGGAGAUUAUACAUCUGGAGACCCGUCUGGCCAACAUCACUGUGUCAGAAUAUGAUGACCAAAGAAAGGACAUCAGCACCAUGUAUAACCGCAUCACCCUCCGGCAACUACAGAACAUCGCGCCCAGUCUUCACUGGAAACGUCUGCUGGACCGAAUCUUCCACGACAACUUAUCGGAGGACGAAGAGAUCGUGGUGCUCGCCACCGAUUACAUCCAGAAAGUCUCCGACAUCAUUAAGAGCACUUCACAGAGGGUUCUCCAUAACUACAUGCUGUGGCGCAUCGUGGCGGCGCUCAGUGAACACCUGUCCACCGCCUUCCGCAGCACCAUCCACGAGUUCUCCCGGGAGAUCGACGGCACGGAGCAGCAGCUGGAGCUCGGCCGGCUGUGCCUCACUCAGGCUAACAAACACUUCGGCAUGGCGCUGGGAGCUCUGUUCGUCCAGCAGCACUUCUCCUCACAGAGCAAAGCCAAGGUCCAGGAGCUGGUGGAGGACAUAAAGCACUCUCUGGACCUCCGCCUGCAGGAGCUGGACUGGAUGGACGAAGCCACCAAAGACGCAGCGAGAGCAAAGUUAAAGCACAUGAUGGUGAUGACAGGAUACCCCGACUUCCUGCUCAAACCUGAGCUCAUAGAUCAGGAAUACGGGUUCGACGUGGACGAGAAGACCUACUUCAAGAACAUCAUCAACAGCAUCAAGUUCAACAUCAAGCUGUCCGUCAAGAAGAUCCGUGAAGAAGUGGACAAGACGGCGUGGCUUCUCCCCCCGCAGGCCCUUAAUGCUUACUACCUCCCUAACAAGAAUCAAAUGGUGUUUCCUGCCGGCAUCCUUCAGCCCACUCUCUACAACCCGGAGUUCCCACAGUCUCUGAACUACGGAGGAAUAGGAGCUAUCAUCGGCCAUGAGCUGACGCAUGGAUAUGAUGACUGGGUGAUGCAAUGGUUCAUGUCCCUAGGGGGCCAGUAUGACCGCCACGGGAACCUCAAGCAGUGGUGGACCGAGGAGUCCUACACCAAGUUCCAGAAGAAGGCAGAGUGCAUCGUCAAGCUCUACGAUAACUUCACCGUGUAUAACCAGAAGGUGAACGGUCGUCUCACGCUGGGGGAGAACAUCGCAGACAUGGGAGGACUCAAGCUGUCGUACUUUGCGUAUCAGAAGUGGGUGAGGGAGCACGGUCCGGAGAGACCCCUCCCCGGCCUCAAGUACACACACGAGCAGCUGGUCUUUAUCGCCUUUGCACAGAACUGGUGUAUGAAGCGGAGAUCUCAGUCCAUCUACCUGCAGCUCCUGACGGACAAACAUGCUCCAGAGCACUACAGAGUGAUCGGCAGCGUUUCCCAGUUCGAUGAGUUUGCUCGUGUUUUCCACUGCCCCAAGAGUUCCCCCAUGAACCCUGUGGACAAAUGCUCCGUAUGGUGACCCCCUCACCCACCACCACCCGUUAACCCCUGGGAUCCUCUUCACCUUCAUCAAAGCCUGAUCUGGAGGAACUCUCUAACGUCAUCAUUUAAAUUCUGGUGUUUCUGCAUCGUCUGUACUAACCCUUCUGGAGCCAUUCAUCAUGUACAUAUAUAUAUAUAUAUUUCUAUGUUUAAAUUUACUUUCAAAUCAUCUAUUUUUCUAUUUUAGCAGCUAUAUCUCUUAUGCAUUGAACCCAUGCACUACUUUGAUUUUAAAUGACCAUGUUUUUUCUUCUCCGUAGCUUCAAAUAGAACCAGAUUUAGAGUCCCGCUGCAAGCCGGGCAGAUCAGUAGCAUCCUCGUGCCUGCAGAAACGCUGCUGCUCAAACUUUUCCCGGGGUUAUUUGUCAAUGCUGCGCUCUCGUGGCUGAAGGGGGAAGUGUCCGGUCUUACCGUCAUGACUGUGGUGAUGUUUGCCUGCGUCGGUCUCUCGUUACUGUGAGUGUUUGUACAGAUUUGUCGCCUUUUUUUAACCAAACACAGAAGGACUCGCGGUGGAUGUUUUUUCUCAGGAUUUGUAGCAAAAGUGCGGAUCUUUGCGGCUUCAUCCAUAUCCAACUCUCAGCCCGCAGUACAGUCACAGAGGAGCUGGCAAAUGCUUCAAAUGUUGGACAAAAAAAUGAGAAUUUGACGC